GGUCAUUUGAUCCUUCCUGCCUGAUGCCUGCCUGCCCAGAUUACUGGACCUACUCGGGGUCCCUGACUACCCCCCCACUCUCCGAGUCCGUCACCUGGAUCAUUAAGAAGCAGCCCGUAGAGGUUGAUCACGAUCAGCAGUAAUACCCAGCUGAUGACGACGUUGUUCUCAAUGUAGUGGCGCUAUCUGAACACGCUGAUGGGAUGAUGGAAAUAACAUGGACUCUUGUCUUCCUCCUCAACCCUGAUGGAAAUGCUGCUCUUCUGCUGGAUCAUGUUAUCAGGUUCCUGCAAGUCAUCCGGGGCCCGGUCCGGAUUCCAGGCUAAACAUGGUGGUGAUGAGUAGCCUUAGGGUCAUUCUUCAAGCCUCUCCAUGCAAGUUACUGUGGAGAAGAUUCCAGACCCCCAGGUUCGUGCCAGCAAGGCCCUGCAGCCUCUACACCUGCACAUACAAAAGCCGGAACCGAGCCCUGCACCCGCUGUGGGAGACCGUGGACCUGGUCCCGGGGGGCGAGCGCCAGUCGCCCAUCAACAUCCGCUGGAGGGACAGCGUCUAUGAUCCUGGCUUAAAACCGCUCACCAUCUCUUACGACCCGACCACCUGCCUCCACGUCUGGAAUAACGGGUACUCUUUCCUGGUGGAAUUUGAAGAUUCUACAGAUAAGUCAGUGAUCGAGGGAGGACCCCUGGAGCACAACUACCGGUUAAAGCAAUUCCAUUUUCACUGGGGGGCCAUCGAUGCCUGGGGCUCCGAGCACACCGUGGACAGCAAAUGUUACCCAGCAGAGCUGCACUUGGUGCAUUGGAAUGCAGUCAGAUUUGAAAACUUUGAGGAUGCAGCACAGGAAGAACAUGGCUUGGCUGUGAUCGGAGUAUUUUUAAAGCUAGGCAAACAUCACAAAGAGCUGCAGAAAUUGGUGGAUACUUUGCCAUCGAUCAAGCAUAAGGACACCCUUGUGGAAUUUGGGUCAUUUGAUCCUUCCUGCCUGAUGCCUGCCUGCCCAGAUUACUGGACCUACUCGGGGUCCCUGACUACCCCCCCACUCUCCGAGUCCGUCACCUGGAUCAUUAAGAAGCAGCCCGUAGAGGUUGAUCACGAUCAGCUUGAGCAGUUUCGGACCCUGCUUUUCACUUCAGAGGGGGAGAAAGAGAAAAGGAUGGUGGACAAUUUCCGCCCCCUUCAGCCCCUAAUGAAUCGCACUGUCCGCUCUUCCUUCCGUCAUGAUUAUGUACUGAAUAUACAAGCGAAACCCCAGCCGUCAACUAGCCAAGUGAUCCCCUGAGGAGUUCAUCUCUAGGCAGCGCUUUGCUUGAAUAAAUACUAGCUUUUUAAAUAUU